AUGGCUAUUCUGGAAAAUGCGUUACAAGAAUCAAUGAAUUUGCCGUAUCCUGCCACCACAAAUCAGGUGGCAGGAAUGGUAAAUGGGGUUCUCACGGAUGUCAUGGUCAUGAACUUCAGUGACAGAAUUAUGGUGACAAUAUCACAACAAGGCCGUCUGGCACACUGGCUCCAUGUGCCUCUUGGAAAUGAAAACCCUGGGACCGAUGGCAUGCACACUUUCGCAGCAGGUGGAGAAAACAACCUUCUGCCCCUCAGUGGCUUGACAGCAACGUCUCUCCUCGGUGGAUAUGCCUCUGGUCAGGAUACAGUUGGCCAACUGCUCGCUUGCCAGAUUGCAACUGCCAUUGCGACAAGAAGCCCCGCUGAAAAACGAUUGCUUGUUGUCGGCCUAGGGUUGGGCAACACAGGAUCCGAUCGAGAUUCGUUCUUUUCCAUUAUUGACCUUGUGUUGCAAUGCAUCUAA